CAAUAAGCAAUACGCGGCUUACUGGUUUGUAGAACAAGAUAAAUCGAAUAAAAAUUUUAUUUCAUUGAUGGUAGAAGGGGAUAUUCCCCGUGCAGCGUGUACGGGGUGAGGCUUUGGCUGACUCAGUCAGAACGAUUUUUGAACAUGGCGACGUACGAAUGUCAGGAAACGCCUACAGAAGUCCCAUCACCUAUUACUUCCUAAACUUUCUCAAGCUGCCAUGGCCGCCACUCGGCAUUCACUUCAAAGUGAACUCUUCCGCCCAAACGACGAACGCCUCGUCGAUUUCGUGAGUGUUGUGAAAGCUACUAAGAAGAAAAAAAUAAGUUUCCUGUGCGCCGUGGUGAGUACGGACAAGCCGGUUCGGGUGACAAUCUGGCAAGUAAAGAACACUGACAAGGAUGCGUACAAGAAGAAAAAUAGCUGGGGCCUUCGUGACCUCAAGCUCGUCGAUGGCAAGAGCGAAGCCGACACAGCUGAGUUCGACUUACAUUUCGACAAAGUGUACAAGUGGCAAGCCGUGAGCAUCCCCGAACGCAAUGCCUUCCUCAAGUGCCUGUGGAGGCUGUGUACGCACUACGUGCUGCAACAGCGACCUCGCUUCGAAAAUUUUCCCAAGGGCCUCCUGGAGGAAGACGACGCGAAAUUGGCAACGCCAGAGAAAGGCAUCGCUGAUGAAGUCGACGACUACCAAGCCUUGACCCAACGCGAGGAAGUAGACCUCGAAAAUCUGAUGGCCAAAUACGAGUUUGCUAUUAACAACGCCGAAGCAUUCACGGAACAGUUGGCUCGCGAACUUUCGAGCUUAGAUGCGUCGAACGUUCACACUAUCAUGGAGUCGGAACGGCGCGUUCAGGGUCUAAUGGAAAUGACACAGGCGGCAUUAGAUGAACUGUCGCGACUAGAACGUCGGUUAGACGCAUACGAUGACCUUUUACGAACAGUCCGUGACAGUGUGCUGCGCAUGGAAGAGAAAGAUGCAGUGAUACACAUACAGCACAACAAUAACAUGCAGUUAUUACGUGAACUCGAAAGUGUUGUGAACCAGUUGGACCUGAGCCACCAGCACCAGAUGGCGUUACUUAAUGGUGAAUUACGAAGUCACGACGGCAUCCAGGCAUGUACCGCAGCUGCUAAGGCGCUUGAGGAUGCGAUGAAUGCGCAGAUUCACCCUGGUCUUGCAAGGAUGUCAGCUGUGCAGGAACAGUUUAAGCUGUUCGAUAAACUUAAAGACAAGUUUAGUACGACGCUAUCCCACCAGCUAAAUAAAUCGUUUCUUCGUCUCGGUUAUGACACGCUGAAAACCCAGAACGAAAUCACCCUCACAAAGCACACAGGAAGCCAUAAUGAACUCAGGCCGUACACAGAACUCAUGCAGUGGCUUAAACGGGCAGAUCUGUCGCGCUACCAGGUUCUGCAUCAGGUUUACAUAAAUGCCACAAGUAAGCUGUACGAGAAAGAGAUUCGCAACUUCUUUGAGCAGGCACGCGAGAAGCUCUCGGGAAAGACGUCGACCUUGGAGCGUAGGGGUACCUGGACAGGGGGCUCAAUGCAAGAUUUAUCUCUUGCGGAGUCUGCAGAAAAUAGGGAACGUUUCGAUGCGAUCUUGGAACGUAUUCUGAGCAUGCUCGAACCAGUUUGCCUCGCCGAACAGCAGUUCUGCGUUACGUUCUUUGGCCUUUCGUCUAAAAUUCAUCCGUCGGUUAGCACGCAUUCUUCGGCUGCCUUAGACGCGUCUGCCAGCUUGCCAUCACGCGCAUCGUCCGAUGAGACGCUGACAACGGUGCAGAAGAAAGAGAAAUUGCUCAACGAAGAAGUACGCAAAACAAUGGCGUUAUUGUUUCCCUCCUUGGAGAACGAGCUGAGAAAUUUCUUGGAGACAUACGACAAGCUGGAUGGAGCCUAUUCAAUGCACCUCCUCGUACGUCUAAACCAGCAUGUGAUGUCAGCGCAAGAUACAGGGUCUUUUCUCAGCAUGACAUUUGGAUCCAUGGUUAUUCAGGCCAAGCGGAACUUUGACAGAUACAUGAGUGAAAAGGUACACAGUAUAGAAGAAGCUAAAGCACCUAAAAAGUCAAAAUGCGGCAUCUUGGCCUUCAUCACGCAAUUUGAAGAGUUUGCGCAACAAGCCGAAGCUGUCUUCCGAGGCUCUGAUCGUCGAGCAGACCUGGACAAAUGGUACACUCGACUGGUCCGGUCUAUGUUCGACGCCAUUACCAAAGUUUCGGGAGAGCACGCUAGGACACCCCAAGAGGUGGUACGCAUGGAGAAUUUUCAUCACUUGUUUACGCUGCUGUACCAGCUGAAGAUUCCGUGCCUUGAACCGGAGCGCAAAGAAGCCAAACAGCGAUACUCCGAAGCCCUACAGGCUUAUGUGACGCAUUACUUUGGACGACCGUUAGACAAGCUUAAUCAGUUCUUUGAAGGAGUCCAGAACAAGGUUGCACAGGGUGUGAAAGAAGAUGAAGUCGGCUACCAGUUGGCCUUCAGCAAGCAGGAGCUACGAAAGGUUAUAAAGGAGUAUCCAGGAAAAGAGGUGAAGAAAGGUCUAGAGAGCCUGUACCGCAAAGUGGAGAAGCACCUUUGCGAAGAAGAAAACCUCCUGCAGGUCGUCUGGCACUCUAUGCAGGAUGAGUUCAUCCGCCAGUACAAAUACAUAGAGAGCCUUGUGCAACGCUGCUACCCUGGCUCCAUGAUUAUGUUAGAAUUUUCUAUCAAUGACAUUCUUGCUUUCUUCUCUGACAUUGCUCGGUCACACUGAGUGCGACAGAACACAGUACUGUCAUCUUCGGCUGUGUUCUUUGCGCCCCUGGUUAACCAUGCCCACAGGAAGCGUCACAGUUACUUGCUGUAGAUUUCCUGGACUUUUGCCCCAGAGUGCACUGGGAUAUUCUUGUUAUACCUGUUUCGUUUCAAUGUACGCCAUUUUCUGCAGCUCUUCAUCAAAGACAAGGUUGUUAUUAAAAGGUCACGUGUGUUGUCUGGCAGCUCAAGCAAAGAACGUGGAAAAUGUGCAAUUUAUACGAGUAAUUAUGCGUAAGUCGAUAUCAUACUGAGUAAGUAGUGUGCAACAGAUACAAUUUACGAAAAUUUUAUAUUGUUUUGCCACAGCUAUAGGAUCAAAUUUUUUAGUGGCAGGGUACUUUAUGUAUAGCAGCCUGCUCGUGUUCUACAUAAUCUGUACCAGCAACAAUGAGUAAUAAAAUUAUUUCAAUGAAAAGUG